AUGUCCGAUGCCAUCUUUCCUAUCCGUGGGGGACGGCCGGUACUACGGCACAGCUCUCUGUCCGGGGGAUCGUUCAUACAGGACCACCAGCAGUAUAAGCCAUCCACAUCUCUUGCCCACGAGUCUCUCUUCCCCCCCCUUUCUCUCCGCAGUGGCCCCGCCCUGGCUCACCCCAACGUGAAGGAGAGUGGGAUUGUGCACUCGCUCUUCAACGAGUCGCCCGUCUCCCUCCCGGCAAACUCCCCCAAAUUGGUCGCUACCAUUUUCUACAGGGCCUCCGAUCCAACCGUUCACCCGCGUCCUCACCGCAUCUCCUCGCAGCCCAGGCCUACAGGCAGACGCCGCGCCCCCACCGCGGUGCGCGCUUCCGCUCCACCCCUGGACGUCGAACAGCCUCCCCGGGACCCGGGUCCAGAGCCGCUAGACCUCCUCUACGGCCAGUACGUGUCGCAGCUGUGCCUCACGAAUUUCCUGCAGAUCAUGGAGGAGCUGCCCACUCCUUACCAACGCAUGAGGACCUCGCACCGCUGUCUGGACAAAGAGGGCCGGCCGCGGGUGGUCGAGGUGACCAUCUGUCCGCCGCCGAAGGAAGAGUAUCUCUCCUUCGAGGACAUGCAGAAGCACGAGAACAUCUGGCGCUUUGAGCGGGAAUGGAAUGUGGAAGUCAUCAUCCAGCGGGAGAGCGUGUUCAGGAGGCACAAGCGGCUGGCCGUGUUUGAUAUGGAUAGCACCUUGAUCCAGCAGGAGGUCAUUGAUGAAAUGGCCCGCUUCAUCGGUGCGGAGAAGGAGGUUUCUGAAAUAACCGCUCGUGCCAUGAGCGGGCAACUCGACUUUGCCGAAUCCCUAAGAGCCCGUGUGAGUCUCCUCAAGGGCGUGCCCGCAGACGUCUUCGAAAAGCUCAAGCCAAUCAUCACCAUCGCCCCUGGUGCCCGCGAACUCUGCCGCGGCCUGAAGACCCUCGGAUUAAAACUAGCAGUCCUCAGUGGCGGCUUCCAACCCCUCGCAGACUGGCUGGCCGGUGAACUGGGGCUGGACUACGCCUUCGCCAACCACCUCGAAAUCGACCCUGCGACACAAACACUCACCGGCAACCUCGUGCCCGAACAUCCGAUCAUCGACGCUGUGCGAAAACGCAACCUCCUCCUCACCCUCGCGGAGGAUAAUGGCAUUGCCAUCAAGCAGACCUUGGCGAUUGGCGAUGGCGCGAAUGACCUGCUCAUGCUGAAGGAGGCCGGGUUGGGUAUUGCGUGGAGGGCAAAGAGCAAGGUGCAGCUUGAGGCGCCGGCGCGGCUGAAUGGGACUUCGCUGGUCGAUAUUUUGUAUCUGUUUGGCAUGCAUCGGGAGGAGAUCGAGGAGCUGGUCAAGGAUGGUGGUUGA